AUGGGCAUUAUUAAAAUCUGUACCGCCGCCUUCGCGAUUUUGCCUUUCGCAAUCGCCACACAGACUUUUCAAAAUGGGGGUACUACAGCUGGGUUCGACUACGUUCGACAUGAGAAUAAAGGACAAGUUCUACAAGUAGCGGAUAUUACAUACAAAGGCAACUCGGCGCUCCUAAUGCAGCAAACAUACACACCUGGCUACACUGGUCGAUAUCACUCCGAGGUGGAUCACAACCAAGGCUAUCAACGUGGAGACGAACUGUUUUACGGUUUCAUGUUCCGCUUGUCAUUCACAUGGGAAUUCGAUCAGCAGUCCUACAAUAUCGCUCAGUUUAUCGCUGACCGACCUGGGGCUGGUUGUGACGACGACGACUGGAUGCCUUCCUCGCUUAUCUGGCUAGAAGGUAAUCAGCUCAAUUCCCGAAUUGUUAGCGGCAAUUACCGCCAGCCGGACUGCAGCCGUACAUUCACGGGAACUGGAAACAUUGCUACUGUUUCUGCCGGAGUUUGGCACAAAGUUAUCAUCCAAGCCAAGUGGGCAAGCGACAGUUCAGGUUACUACAAAAUGUGGUUCGAUGGAAACAAAGUUUAUGAGCAUUAUAACAUUGCUACGACAACCAAUGAUGAUGCCAUAUUUGCAUUUCGGGUGGGUUUGUAUGCUAACGGCUGGCAUGACGAUAAAAAGAUGGUUGGUAAUCAGGGAUUCCGUCAAGUUUGGUAUGAUGAGGUUGCUGUCGGUACUACUUUCGCGGAUGUAGACCCUGAUCAGUACGAGUAA